AUGUUGUUGUGCAAUGCCGACUUUUACGAUUAUUUGGAGCGAUCCGUCUACAUUGCCGGCAUUGCAGCCUUGGCGCUGAACGGAUUGGUUUUGGCGGCAUGUCUGCGUCAUAACGCCGAGCAAAGGCUCUUCAAGUAUUUCAUAGGCAUCCAUACGAUUAUCAACAUGUUCUACACAAUUGGACGUGUUGCUUUUAAGUUUGUGAGUUUCCACAGGGUGUUAGCACUUGGUAAAAUCCAUUUGAUUAGACUUGUUUGGUCUCAGAAAUUCAUAGGAGCCGUUGACAAAUCCCACGUAAACUGUGAUUUGUUCAACAUGCCAAUAUAAGACCAUAACAAGGGGUAUGAUAUCGCUAUCUCUCUACAGUGACGGACCUAAUCCACUGGCAAAAAACGUACCUUUUUGCAUCCGGGAAGUAUCAAAAAAUGUUGCAAAAUGCCUCCCUCUCCAAAUAUUUUUAUCGGAAUUAUUUUAUUUCUUUUGUGAAUUUUGACACUUCGUUUGGACGAAAUUCAAAAGUGGGCGGGAGGCAUUUUUGUUCUAUUUUGGGUUGCCAUGCAUCCUUUUGAAGGUCUGUCCCUCACAAAAAAGAGCGGGCGCCGUUUUGAAACCCGUGUUUUUUCGCUUGGGGAGGGAGGUAUUUUGCCACAUUUUAGAUACUUCCCGGAUGCUAAAUGGUACGUUUUUUGCCACUGGAUCAGAUCCCCCCAUUGUAAAUGAUGGUACUCGAGCCCUACUGUACUAAAAAUACCAUCAUGCUUACUAAACUAUACCAUGGUAAUUUUAAAAAAAAUCAAAGUGUUUAGCCAAACUAAAUAUUUACAUUAAGACUAGCAGCAAUGGCCAGAAGUAUGUGUACUACCUUACCCAUGCAUUCUAUCUCGCUCAGGCUUCGGAAUCGACCUUGAAAAUAACUUUCUUUAUUGAAAUAUUCGCUCAAUACCUCUAUCUGGCUGUCUUUCCGACCCAAUCCUUUUGUCGCUACAAAAUUUUGGUAUCUCAAAGUGAAAGUGUUCGCUUCAAGACUUCGAUUGGAAUCUUGAUUGGGCUUUUCUACAGUCUUUGGGAUUCUGGAAGCGUUGUGUAUUUAAUGGAGCUAAAGAACAAGAAAUCUGAUGCUGAAUUGCUGGAAAUGAAGUGUGAUCCAAAUGUUCUAAGUAAUCAUCUGGUAUAUGACAGGGUGGGUAAAUUCCAAUGCCCUAAAGUUUUAUCCCAACCCCCUUUAGACAGCACAGUACGCGACAAUCUACGCAAACCUCCAUCGAUCUUUUAUCGUUAUGGCAUUUAUCAUUGUUGUGUAUUAUUCAGUGAAGACGCAUGCAUAUGUAAACAAGAAGUCGCUGAUGAUGUCAAGAAAGACCGUUGUGAUGAACAGACGGCUCAAUCAUAUGAUACUGCUUCAGGUAAGCAUUUUCAUUUGUGGCUGGCCAAAAAGUUGUAAAGGAUUGUCAAGGGUGCUAGGAAUUGUAUGUGGAACUGCCUUAACUUAGCGCACAAUGGAUCCUAGGAUAGCUUAUUAUCUAUUUUUGAGGUAUUUUACGUGUACUUACAUCAAUAAUAUCUAGAUAAAAGUUAUGGGUCUUCGUUUUUUGCUGCAAGGUUUGGUCUUUUAUAUGUUACAAUAACUCGGGGUAAAGGAAACUAACGUUAGUAAUACAUAGCUAAAAUUAAAAGAGGUGAGUUAUAUUUCAAGCCUUUGCCAAGUCUCCGCCGAGCCUUCGCCGAGCGUCCGCCGACCAUCCAACGGCUUGUAAGACCUUUUAAAUAUUUUUUGGUAGACCGCUUCGGCUAGGACCGAUCAAAAAAAUAGGGAAUUUUCAACCGUUGCAUCAGCCCUAACUAUUCAUGAACACUGCCAUUUUAGCUGUCAAUUCCAUUCAUCCUAAACGUCGGCCCAAUGUUGGCUUUCAUUUUCUCACGAUCAGUCGCUGGAAAGACCGGCGAGACGAUUGCUUUGGGAAGAGCAUUUGGCUUAGGAAUAUUGCCAUUAUUUGAUGGAUUUGUGAUCAUUUUCAUCUUCCCUUCGAUUCGACGACACAUUAUGAGGAUUGUCUGUGUUUCGAGGGAUCAAAGGAGUUCUAUCACAAUGGCGACCUCAAAUAUUACAUAA